GAUAUUCAUUAAUGUAAAUGUUUCUAUUGAACUAAUAGGUGCUAACAAUGUAUGUGUUUAUCAUUAUUCUAUUUUACGUGGCAGUUGUAAAAUCAAAUAACAGCACUGGGUUUGUGUGUGUCGAUGGUACGAAGAUAGAACUGCAUGAGAUAUGUGAUGGGUUACAUCAGUGUCCUGAUGGAUCUGACGAGUCAAGAACGCUGUGCCAUCAUAUCAUAUGUCCAAAGGAUAUGUUUCGGUGUUACUACGGUGCUUGCAUAAAGAGACAUGCUCGAUGUGAUGGGGUACAUAAUUGUGUAGAUAAAUCGGACGAAAUCAACUGUGAGAGAAGUGAAGGUUGCACAACCUCAGAAUUUCAAUGCCUAUCUCGCGAAUGCAUUCCUCUAGAAAAGAUAUGCGACACCAUUAACGACUGUUCAGAUAAUUCCGAUGAAAGUUUACACAUAUGCAGAAAUCAUGAUUUUGUAUGCCCAGAAGAUACAUAUCGAUGUAAACAUGGAGGAUGUGUUAAAUUCGACACUUUAUGCGAUGGUUUCAAUGAUUGCGUUGAUGGGUCAGAUGAAUCAAAAGUGAUUUGUGAUGGACGAAAUUGUCUCGGCGGAAAGUAUUGCCGUAAAGAAAUACUGUGUCCGCCACUUAUGUCACAAAGAGUCGACAUAAAAUGCAAAUCUAAGGAUGGACCAAGGUCUUGUCGAAAUCCAUUACCCGUAGGUGCAAUUGCAUAUUCAAGGUGUAAGGUUUAUUAUAGAAAAAAGCAUCGUCAGGUGGGAGACCAUCGGUCUAUAUGCCAACCAGAUGGUACGUGGAGUCGAGGACAACUUCUGUGUGAACCAGAAUGCGGAAUAACAGCACCACUAGCAACCCCUUUAAUUGUACAUGGAUGGAACUCUGAAAAGCAAAGGUGGCCUUGGCAUGCCACGCUUUACAGCUUGCAACAUGGAAACUGGACUUUCUGGUGUGGCGGAAGCUUGAUAACCGAGCAGGCCAUUAUCACAGCGGCUCACUGUGUUUGGUCGAUUAAAGCUUCGGACUUAAAAGUUGCGCUAGGAAAGCACUUUCGAAACUUCGAAAAGAUAAAGUAUUCUCCUACCACUUUCGACGUAUCCACAAUUGUGAUACAACCCCACUACCAGGAUGUAACAGGAAAUUAUGGAUCUGACCUUGCAAUUUUGAUUUUAAAUAGAAUGGUAGAAUUAUCUGAGUAUAUUAAACCAGUGUGUAUCGACUGGAAUGAUAAGGAUUUCACUCGGUUUCUCGAUAAUGGUACACUAGGAAUGAUUGUGGGGAUGGGAAUUACUGAGCAUGAUACGUACAGCGAGACCUUAAAGGCGACGUAUUUACCAGCGGUAUCAAACAACCGUUGCAUAGAUGCACAACAUCAGGAUUUUAAAAAAUAUGUCACUUUUACUACAUUUUGUGCUGGGUGGCAGAAUGGUACAGGUGUGUGCAAUGGAGAUAGUGGGGGAGGGCUAGUGUUUGAUAAAUAUGGGAACAAAACGUGGGUACUGGAAGGUAUUGUUAGUGUUAGCCCACGUCGGUUAGGGACGUCAUUUUGUGACACAAGCUUUUUUACAAUUUUUACAAAAGUGGGAAUGUACGUGGACUGGAUCAAUAGUGUUUUGAAUUUAUUCAAUAUAAAUUAGCUACUAAAAGUUUAAUGCGGAUAAUGAUAUAAUCAGUGAGCCUGAAUGUUCUUUUUUAUUAUAUUAUUGUAAAAAAAACUUUGGAAAUGAAUAAAUUUUUCAGUACUGGA